AUGACUUUGCAACCUCAUGUUUCGCCUCCGCAGCACAAGUCUGCCGCUGGACGCGAGUUUGUUCUCGUCUCCUCUCGACCGGGUCGAGCAGUCUUCCAUCGCGUCCUCCUGUCUUGCGACCCACCAGAUGGCCUGAAACCAACCAGCUCGUCCGUUGGAGCGCGAAGAUAUCGGCCAACGGGACAUAACAACUGCUUUGAACCUCCAGCCUCAACCCGAGGCAGCUCUCUCAAGCGCCCCAACGGAUGCACAAAUCUUUAAUGUCUAUCGACUGCCAACGGCCGGUUUCUUCGGUUGUUCCCUUCUUCCUUUCGCUACGAGACACGUCCAGCCACAGCCUCAUUGUCUGCCGCACACACGCCCGGCCAGACAUGUUCAGUGACGUCCAGUCCCGUCCACUCUUGCCCACUUUCAGGCAGCCUCCAAAACCGACCAACUCACCAAAAUCAUCCCAUUCCUCAGCUCGCGCGCCUCUCCGACAAUCCCCGAGCUAAACUGGCCGAGAGAGAACCAGUUCGCCAUGGUGAUAUUUGUCUUUUACAUCUCUCCAAGGCAGGCCAAGCAUGA